ACAAACAAUUGGUCCAAGAAUUAAACAUCGAAAGACCUGAUGUAGUGAAAAUCAUUCCAAUAGAAACAGACUCCAAGGAUGUUCAUACAAACAUUCUUCUUAAAGACGUUGAAACACAACACAAUCCAAACGAUAUAGAUGUUACAUUGGAGGGGAAAAUUUUACCCGACAUUUCUAGUCAGAAAAAUUCACCGGAACAGAAUCUUGUUUUAAACAAUGUGAAAGAAAAUUCAAAACAGUCAGAGAGUGAACUGAAGAAAGUGACAUUCGGGGAAGGAGAGAUAAAAGAAAUAAAAGGUGUUGAUUUUGACCCUGUUACUGCUGAUUCGGACGAUAAGAAUUCUAGUCCACAUUCUAUUAAGAUCGUAACUUACGAUCAAACACCCGAAGCACCAACUCUUGAAACAGACAAUUUACUCAACUCUGAAACAUCAGGUAAUAAUGAAAAUCUUAAGAAUCUUGUGCCUAAUCAUUUACCUGCGUACACUCAGUUAAACAGUGGUGCCAUUAGUGGGGAAAAGUGUGACGAGUUCUCUUGUUUAAAUGAUGGGAAAUGUGUGGACGAUGGAACCAUUUACAGGAACAAAGUUAGAUGCGAUUGCAAACUUGGCACCAUUGGAUCUAAAUGUGAAAAAGAAGUGGAUAUUCGUUACCCUCGUUUUUAUGGAAACAGUUACCUAGCACUUCCUGUAUUGAAGAAUGGUUACAAAGAGAUGAAUAUAUUUCUUGAGUUUAAACCCACAGGGCAGUUUGGUUUACUCUUGUUCAGCUCGGAGUUUGAGGACGCUAGGUCGGACUUCUUCUCCAUCGCUCUAAUUGAUGGGUACUUGGAGUUCAGAUAUGACUGUGGAACAGGUAUGGGUGUUGUUAGGUCAUCAAGUCCUGUUGUCAUGGAUACAUGGAACACUCUAAGGAUUCAUAGACAAGAAACCAUGGCAACCAUGUGGCUAAAUGAUGAACAACCAGUUCAAGGGUCAUCACAGGGGUCUUAUUCUCGCCUGACCUUGAGGUUAAACCUUUACGUUGGUGGAUAUGUGAACAUAGCCCAUAUCCAGGAAAAGAUAGGCACAGCCAAGGGUUUUGUGGGAUGUAUUGAACAGGUCAUCGUCAAUGGUUACAAGUUUGACCUCAGAAAGGCGGAACUUGUUGGAGAUGCUCAAUUCGGUGCUAAUGUUGGUGAAUGUAGUGAAGGCCUAUGUGAAAAUGUUGUCUGCCAAAAUGGCGGGAAAUGUCAGGUGAAGUCUGCAGACAGCCAUGUUUGUCUGUGCCCUCUUGGAAGUGGAGGUGAAAGCUGUCAGCAUGUGAUAGAUGUUCAUAUACCAGAAUUUCAAGGUCACUCAUAUCUUGAGUUUGAAGGUCUAGGUCGAUCAGCUCUUCUCUUCCUGGAGAUAGAAAUAGUCCUUAAAGCAACAAAAGCAGACGGAUUGAUAUUAUACAAUGGCUAUACAUUGGACAGAAUGGGAGAUUUUAUAUCCCUAGCUUUACAUGAUGGCUACCUUGAAUUUAGGUUUGACCUUGGCACUGGACCUGCUAUUAUAAGGUCUGAAGAUCGCAUCACUCUGAAUAACUGGCACUGGGUGAAGGUGUCUCGUACUGGUAUGGAAGGUAUAUUGGAGAUAGAUCAUCGUAUUGGAGCCAUUGGUCAGUCACAGGGUGCUUUCACUCAACUCACUGUGACACAAAGCAUGUUCAUUGGUGGACACAGAAAUUUUGAUGAAACAUCACGCCUUGCUAAUGUUUCUAUGCCUUUCGAUGGAUGUAUCCAAAAGCUUUUAAUAAACAAUCGACCAGUUGACCUGUUACAUGACGCUCUGUCUGGUGUCAACAUAGAAAGCUGCGAACAUCCAUGUGUCGGAAAGCCGUGUUUGAAUGGCGGAGAGUGUGUACCGAGGAAAGAUGUAUACUUGUGCUACUGUCCCCUUGGAUUCUCCGGAAACAACUGCCAUGAAAAUAUAGAAAAAGACAUGACUAGACCAAAGUUUUCAUCGGAAAGCUAUUUGAUAUACAAGCAAAAAGAAGUUGCAAGAAAAAUUGGUGGAGACAACAUUGAUAUAAAGUUUUCAGUAAAGCCUACAUCAACAAACGGUCUCUUGUUUUGGUGUGGUCCAGAUGUAAUGCAAGCAACCAGUGAUUAUAUAGCUCUGGGUUUUAAAGAUGGAGCUCUGCAGUUCCGAUAUAAUCUUGGUAGUGGAGAAGCUGUGAUUGAACUUAAUAAUUCCAGAUUGUUUGAUGGAAAAUGGCAUAAUGUUCAUGCUCAAAGAGAUAAACAAAAUGGCUUUUUGUCUAUUGAUGGAAGAGACAUAGUUGAGGGAAAAUCAAAGGGCAGCUAUACCAUGUUAAAUACAAAUAAAAUACUUUAUAUAGGUGGCAUGCCAGAUGUAUCACAAGGGACGUUACGCAAGUUUAGUUCAGGUUACAGUGGCUGCAUUCAGGAAAUGGUCCUAGAUAACGAUUUCUCCUUAUCACUCCUUCAGUCCGCAGACAGUGGUAGAAAUAUUGUACCUUGCUCAUAAUAGCAAUUGCCAGAUUUGACGUAAAUAGUGAUAACUUACUAAACUCUAUUGAAGUGACUUAUAUAUACUUAUCAGAGAUACUUAUGUGCAACAUUAUUUACAGUCUGAUUUAAAAAAAACAACAACAAAAAACAGAUGUUGACACAAGAGUUAAGCUCAUAGUGUAAGGUCUGGAAACAGUGAUUUCAGGCCUGUAAUGAGUGCUUUUAGAGCACGGAAAAGUGCUUUUAGUAAGGCCUGUAAAGAGUCUUUUAAAAGCUAGGAAAAUGCUUUAAAGCAUAAAAAUAGUGCUUGCGGCAAUGAAACAGUGCUUUAAUGCCUGAAAACUGUGCUUUAUGGCAUUGAAUCAUUGCUAAAAGGUGCUGAAAAGGUGCCCUAAAAAUCUGCUUUAAAGCAUAGAAACAGUGCUCUUAAGCAUCCAAACAGUAUUUUAAGGCCUGAUAGUUUUCAGGCAUUGAAACCGUGCUUUAAGGCCUGGACUGUUAAGGCUUUGAAACUGUACUUUAAGGCCUUGAAUCAGUGCUUUGAGGCCUGGAAACUGCAUUUUAAGGCAUGGAAAUAGAGUUUUUAGCUCUUGUAACAGGUUACUGAUGAAACAGUUGUAUAGUUCUGAGAAAGAAUUGUCUCUGUCAUGCCAUUUAACAAAUUUUAUUUAUACAUUAAUGGCGAUGUUUACUAAACAUACUUAAGAAUUUUCCUCUCUUUUUUGAUAUUAAUAAUGAAACAGCGAAAUUUUUACGAAUGACUGGUCAACAUUUGUAUGAACUUGAUAUAAUUAUGUUGUGCAAUAUAUUAUGUGGGACUGUACUAUAGCUUUGUAACAUGAAGUUUUAUUGUUUUGUUGUAUGAUCUUACUGUUACUUUGUAGUUUAAGGUAGUCUUACUGUAAUGCUUUCCUCGAAAAAAAUUCUUACAUCUGUCAAUACUGUAGCAAAUCAAAAUGUUUUUUUUUUAUAGAUUAUUUACAUCAUUCAUCCUUUAUGGCUAUGUACUAUAUUGCGGUUAUAAAUGUUUAAAGAUAAUUGAAUACCGAAGAGUGUGAAAAAUGACGUUCCAGGAAUGAUCGAUUUAUUAGGAUAUUGGCCGAUGUAAGAAAUUUUGGCGGGAAAUCAUUACAGAUAAUCUACCCCUGUAACUAUAUAAUGCUCUAUUAUGAAAUAGAGUUUUCUUAAAAUAUACAUUUCACAAUAUACACUGUCAAACCAGUUUUAUUGUUAAGCAGAAAAUAAGUAGAACAUACCUUUAGAUUUGAUUUGAAAAGUUGAUUUUCAACACUCACUUUCAAAUUAUUUUUUUUCUAUAAAUUACAAAGAAGUGGCAGCAAUGGAUGUAAUUUUUUUUCUUUUCUGAAUCUGAAGUCAUUGAUCUGCCUUAAUUUAAUUUAUGUUCAUGGAUUUUGUUAAAGAUUUGUUAGAGAUAUAGAGAUACUGGACAAUUUCUAAGUCUAACACCUUCUUUUAUGUAAAAUGUCAGUUCUUGUGUUUUGACUGUGUAAGACUAUAAAUUUGUCAGCCUUACUUGCCAUCAGUACAUUUGCUUACUCCUGCGAAUAUUUGAAAUGUGUCAUUUUUUUUUUUU